CUUAGCCUACCGGUCGAGGAGCAGGGCAACCACACAGCCAAGCGAAGCGGCAGCACUUGUGCGACCGGUCCUUGGAUGCAAACAUUCAACUCGAGUACCAUUGACAUUGACAAGGAUGACGAAGAUGAGCGGCUAUGGCGAUAGCGACCGGUCGUUGGAUUCACAUUCUGUGAGCAGAAAUUGCCGACGCGGCAUAAAAGCUCAUGACUGUGGAAUGCGACCGGUCGCUGAAUGCAACCGCUUGCGAACGACCGGUCGAGCAAUCUUGCAAGAAGAUGGCGCUGCAGCAGCAUCCAUCCUUCGAAUAAGUUCCAGCAGAGCCAGAUCCAGAAAAGGCUCCGCCAUGAUUCUCCUUCGUCUUCCUCGCCGUCUUCUUCUUCUUCAUCCUCUCCUUCUUCUCCUUCUUCUUCUGCUUGGUGUCUCACUCGACGUGUGCACAAGCUUUGGCUAUGGCGGUCACGACGGAGAAAGGGGAGGAGGAGCUGCAGUGAGGGGGCGCGUGCAGCUGAACCUUGGACUGCGAAGACGUCUUCGCCAACCCUUCGUCCAUCGCGAUCCAGACCGUCACGGCGAUGGCGAUGGCGAUGAGGCUCGCCAUCGCCAUCGCCGGGCUGAUGCUGAUGGCGAUGCCAAUGCUGUGCUUCUUCUGCAUAACCGAGAUGGUAGCUAUGGCGAUGGCGAUGACAUGUCUCGCAGUCACCAAGAUAAUGGGGAUGGCGUCUCUCGCAAUCACCAAGAUAAUAGUGAUGACGUCUCUCGCAAUCACCAAGGUCAUAGUGAUUACGUCUCUCGCAAUCACCAAGAUAAUAGUGAUGACGUCUCUCGCAAUCACCAAGAUCAUGGCGAUGGCGAUGGCGAUGGCGUCACUGUCAAUCACCAAGAUAAUGGCGAUGGCGAUGGCGAUGGGGAUGGCGUUUCUAUCAACGACGAAGAUGGUGAAGGUGAUGGCUAUGGUGGUGUACGCUCACGGAAGGAUAUCGCGUUGUCGGCUUCGGCCGUGCAUGGAGGAGUGGUUGGAGGCGAAGAACGACCAUUUCAAGUGUUUAUUUUGUAUGAAUUCGAGGGGGAUUUUGUACCCCUUUGUGGAGGGACGCUAAUAGAUCCGCAGUACGUGCUCACAGCAUCACGUAGGCUGACGUAGCAUGUAAGGUCCCAUUACCCUCGCAAACCAAAUCUAACAUCCCC